AUGAAGUUCUUCAAAAUGAACUACGGAGUGAAGCCGCCCUACUUCGUUCUGAUGGAUCCGGAGUUCAUCGCCACGUCGCUGGAGAAGAAGGUGUUCGUGAAGACGGCGGUGCCGGAGCUGUUGGCCGGCUCGGCGGUGCUAGUGGUGACCCGCUGCGUGACGGCCCACCUGCGCGCCGGCGGCGAAAAAUACGCCGCGGCCGCCCUCAUGGCCAAGCGCCUCCAGCACGAGGAGUGCUCCCACGAGCGGCCGCUCCACCCGCACAACUGCCUCUUCAGCCUCCUCAAGCAGCAGGAGGAGCGCGAGAAGAAGCUGUGCCUGGCCUCCCAGAACCGCCGCUUCCAGACGCGCGUCCGUGAGCUCCCCGGGAUCCCCAUGCUGCACAUCUCCAACACGAUGGUGCUCCUCGACCCGCCCACGCCGGCCUCGACUAAGCACGCCGACACCAAGGCCCGAUCACACCGCGCCAUCAAACCCGUCGAGCAGGAACUGGUCAAGGAGGCGAUCCAGACGAAGAAGGAGGAUGAUGCGAGCAAGCCCGCCCCGAAAGCAAUCCCGCACCGGGUGAUGGCGCAGAAGAAGCGUGCCAAGGGACCCAACCCGCUGUCGAUGCGCAAGAAGGGCUCCAAGCCCCUCCUCCCCAAAGACAACAAGUCCGCCAAGCCCGCCGCUGCCGCCGCCACGACAACGACAACGACAACGACGGCCUCGAGCUCGAGCAGCAGCGGCGGCGGCGGCGGCGCGAGCGAGGAGGCCGAGCAGCGGAAUGCGACACCAAAGGCGUCGACGUCGGAGGCGCAGGGCGAGGAGGCGGCACAGACGCCCGACAAGCGGAAGCGGAAGAGGAAGAGGAAGCACGCGGGCAGCAGCAAGAAGGCCAGCGAGGGAGGAGACGAGGCCUCCUCGUCCACGUCCUCAUCGUCGCCCAACACCCCAGCCGAGGGCGCGCCCGCCAAGAAGCGACGCGUGGAGGAAUGA